AUGGCUGCUGAAGGGGAACAGCGGGCGAGUUCCCCACGUCUGGGGGAGGCUGAAAUGACAAGACUUGUGCAGCGGCUGUACUACCAGCAGAUGGAGCUUGCUGCGCGGCGGGAGGAGGAGCGCCGCCGUCAACUCUCCAAGUCGUGUAUCCCACCGCGUCGCAUCAACAAGGACGCGGAGGGGGAUCUAGUCCGCCGCAUCUACGACCAACAGCUGGAGCGAUUUCGGCAAGGCAGGGAGGAGCGGGAGCGAAAGGCGUACGAAGAGAUGCACCGCUGCGACAAGAAGGUGCUGGAGUCUGAUAUACAAGAGCAGGUGGAACGCAUCUACGCACAGGAGAUUGCCAAGAGCAAGGCCCGCCGUGAGGAGCUGCAGAAGCGGUACCUACCCGAGAUGGAGCCGAAGAAAAUCAGCAAGACUAAACUCAAGCAGAGUGUGGAGCGUCUAUCACACGUGGACUACGCCAAACGAGACGAGGAGCUGUUCAAGAAGCACGUGUACCCGUACGACCCACAAACCGUAAAGAUUUCUCACGAGGAAGUGGAGGCGAUGGCCAACCGCCUCUCAACGAGGGGUAGCGCGUAG